AUGUCUCUCACGCUCAAAGUUACGUCGCUGUUCGUCCGGACUCUCGCAAAGCCCGUAGCAAACGCCAUCAAACGCAAUGCCCACGAACACGACCGAUUUCGUCGAAUAUGCGUCAAAUUCGCCCAAGGCCUGCAUCGCGUGGAUAUGCGCAUGCGCCUCGGCCUGCUGCAGGACCCCGCUGUCAUAGACAGGCAAAUCAAGAAAGAAGUCGCCCUAGCAGAGGCUGCGCGCAAAAAAGCAGCGGCACCCACGGUCCUCACCGAAGAGGAAAUGAAGGCAGAGGAAGCUCUCACAGAGAAGGAACGAGAUGCGAUCAAGAAAAAGGCUGAGGAGAGGAUCAAGCCACGCAUACGACCUCUGUCCGAACAAAAGGCCAUCGAGAUGGGUGCCAACUUCGCUGCUGAAACCUUCAUAUUCGCCGUCGGUAUUGCUGUGAUUCUUGUUGAGCAAUGGCGGCAAAGAAGAAAGGCCAAGAAUGCCAGAGACGAUAUAAGGGAAGAUUUGGAGGAGGUGCAGGCUGAGCUCAAGGCGGUCAGGGCAGAGUUUGAGGAGUUCAAAGCGAAACAUCCAGAGCCAGUGUCGUCAAAGCUACUGGGGUUUUGGAAGGGUACUGGGAAGAAGGAAGACGACAAGAUUGAAGCUGUGAGCACCGAGGCGAAGCCGGCGCCCGUCGAGACUCAAGGCGAUGCUGCGCAAACUGCGAAUGGGACGCCUACAACGCAACCAACCCAGCAUAAGGAUUUAGGAAUGUAUACCCGGGAAGCGUAA